AUGUCUGGCUCAACUAAAACAAAAGUACCAAAAUUAAAUUUAACUGAUCAGGUACAACAACAUUCACCUAUUGAAGGUUCUUCUAAAGUUAAAGAUUCGAAUAAACAACAAGAAACAAUUAAAGAAAAACCUCCAGCUACUCAAAAUGGAUUACCUGAUUUAUUAACUCCAAAACAUCUUAGAAAUUAUCCACUUGUUACAUCUACUGAAUCAUUAAUUAAAUUUUUACCAUUGGUUAGUUAUGUUACAUCAUUUUCAAAAUAUAGUUUUACAACUAUUAGAAAUUAUCAACCAUGUAAAUAUGUAAUUGAAACAGGUGAUUUAUAUCUGGACAUGUUAUUAAGUAAAUUAGAUUCAUUUAUUCCAAGUUUACAAACUGUUGAAGUAAAUGAUUUAACAAAUCCAAUUACAACACCAAUUAAUCAUGCAGUUGAAACAGUAAAUUCUAAAAUUAAUUUAGUUAAUGAAACAGUUAAUAAAAAUGUUAUAAAUCCAACAAAAUCAAAAAUUGAUAAUGUUAAAAAUGAUAUUCAUCAAAGAACUCAUGAUGAUAAUGGAAAAAAUAUAAUAACUAAAUCAACAAUUGAUCCAAUUAUAGGUCCAUUUAAUGAAACUUUAGAACAAUUUGUAACAAAUCAUUUUCCGGAUAAGAAAAUUAAUCCUAACGAAGAUGAAGGUAAUUUAGAUAAUACAAAUAAUCGUUCUUGUGAAUUUACAAGUGAAUUAAAGAGAACUUUUAAUAUUGUUGGUAAUAUAAUUUCAAAAGAAAGUAAAGAAACUGUUGAAGUUAAUGUUGUUGAUUUAAAAAAUCAAAAUCAAAAUCAACCAGAAAAAGGUAAUGUUGGUAAAUCAAAAGAAAAAACUAAAUUACCUAAAGAUGGAGUUUUAAAAGAAGUUGUGAGUAAAUGA